ACACCGGGGAUUGUCUCUCACAGCCGCAGCCCCAGCCGGGGAGGAAGUUCUGCCGGGUGCUCUCGGCUGGUGCCUCCCUCGCUAUAUUGUUGAACAGGAAACAGGGCAGCGCGGGAGCUGGGCGGUGGAGGAGGGAGCGCCGGACGCCGAGCCCCGUGCGCCCGCCGGGACAAGUGGAGGCGAGGCCAGCGAGCGGACACCCCGAGCUCCGGCUCCCUGAGGUCUCUCCAGCCGAACUCUUGGACGCCCCGCCCAAGGAGAUGGCGGGGACCUAACCUGCAUCCAUCCGCCGGCUCCGCCCUGCCAGCCCAUGGGCUCAGUGAGGCCCGCCCUGCCCACGGACAGGCCGUGGCCACGAUGGCGGCGGACGUCGAGGGAGACGUGUACGUGCUGGUGGAGCAUCCCUUCGAGUACACGGGCAAAGAUGGGCGCCGAGUCGCCAUCCGGCCCAACGAGCGCUACCGACUGCUGCGCCGCAGCACAGAGCACUGGUGGCAUGUGCGGAGCGAGCCCGGCGGCCGCCCCUUCUACCUGCCCGCGCAGUACGUGCGCGAGCUGCCGGCACUCGGACACCCUGCCACCCCGCCACCCGCGCCCCUCCCAGGUCCGACAGCCUCCGAACCGCUCGCCUAUGACUACCGCUUCGUGAGCGCCUCGGCGCCUGCAGGUCCUGAUGGUACCCCCGCCGAGCCCCGGGACCGCGCCGGCUCCCUGUGCAGCCUGGCUCGGGGCCGCAACGUGACCCAGCGCCGCAGCCUGGCGCCUGGCCUCCCCGCCUGCCUGUAUACCCGGCCCACCGCGCCCGUGCGGCCCGCGCAGUCCCUGGACGACCUGGCCCGCACCGCCGUGCCCCCUGCCGGCCUCCUCGGGAGCCGGGGCAGUUUCAAGGCCUGCAGCGUGGCGGGCUCGUGGGUGUGCCCGCGGCCCCUGGCGCGCAGCGACUCCGAGAACGUCUACGAGGCCAUCCAGGACGUACGCGGCCAGCCUCGGGAGCAACACCCGAAGCAGGCGGACGACCCCCCGGAGCCAGUGUACGUGAACUUGGAGAGGCAGCCUCGGGCCACGUCGCCCCGCGCCACCGCGGCCCCCCUCCCCAGCCCAGUGUGGGAGACGCACACGGACGCGGGCACCGGACGCCCCUACUACUACAACCCCGACACGGGCGUGACCACCUGGGAGUCGCCCUUCGAGGCCGCCGAGGGCGCCACCAGCCCGGCCACCUCCCCCGCCUCGGUGGGCAGCCACGAGAGCCUCGAGACCGAGUGGGGCCAGUACUGGGAUGAGGAGAGCCGCAGGGUCUUCUUCUACAACCCGCUGACGGGAGAGACGGCCUGGGAGGACGAGUCUGAGGACCAGCCGGAAGACGAGCUGGAGAUGCAGCCGGGCCUGAGCCCGGGCAGCCCCCGGGACCAGAGGCCUCCUACCCCCGAGGCGGACUACCCUGAGUCCCUGACCAGUUACCCAGAGGAGGACUAUUCCCCCGUGGGCUCCUUCAGUGAGCCCGGCCCCGCCUCGCCCUUGGUCAUACCGCCAGGCUGGUCUUGCCACGUGAGCCCGGAUGGCCAGACGCUGUACACCAACAACUUCACCCAAGAACAGUGGGUGAGGUUGGAGGACCAACACGGGAAGCCUUAUUUCUACAACACAGAUGACGCCUCCGUUCAGUGGGAGCUGCCCCAGGUCCCUGUCCCUGCCCCACGGAGCAUUCGCAAAUCCAGCCAGGACAGUGAGACACCAGCCCAGGCCAGCCCCCCUGAGGAGAAGGGACGGGAAGGAAUCAAGACCCUGGACAAGGCAGGCGUGCUCCAUCGCACCAAGACAGUGGACAAGGGAAAGCGGCUCCGGAAGAAGCACUGGAGUGCCUCCUGGACAGUGCUGGAGGGCGGCGUCCUGACAUUCUUCAAGGACUCGAAGACCUCGGCUGCAGGCGGUCUGAGGCAGCCUUCCAAGCUCUCCACCCCUGAGUACACAGUGGAGCUGAAGGGGGCCUCUCUCACCUGGGCCCCCAAAGACAAAUCAAGCAAGAAGAAUGUUCUGGAGCUGCGGAGCCGAGAUGGCUCAGAGUACCUGAUCCAGCAUGACUCGGAGGCCAUCAUCAGCACCUGGCACAAGGCCAUCGCCCAGGGCAUCCAGGAGCUGUCUGCAGACCUGCCUCCCGAGGAGGAAAGUGAGAGCAGCGUUGUAUUCGGGUCCAGUGAGCGCCUGGGAAGCUGUCGGGAGGAUGAGGCGCGACCGGGUGCUGGGGUGCCCGCCCCGGGGCCCGGAGGCCUGGAAAUCGACGUGAGCAAGGUCCGGUACAAGCUCCGCAAGUUCCUGCUGAGGCGGCCCACGCUGCAGUCGCUGCGGGAGAAGGGCUACAUCAAAGACCAGGUGUUCGGCUGCGCGCUGGCUGUGCUGUGUGAGCGCGAGAGGAGCUCGGUGCCGCGCUUCGUGCAGCAGUGCAUCCGCGCCGUCGAGGCCCGGGGGCUGGAAAUCGACGGUCUGUACCGCAUCAGUGGAAACCUGGCCACCAUCCAGAAGCUGCGCUAUAAGGUGGACCACGAUGAACGUCUGGACCUGGACGACGGGCGCUGGGAGGAUGUCCACGUGAUCACCGGCGCCCUGAAACUCUUCUUUCGAGAAUUGCCAGAGCCCCUCUUCCCCUUCUGCUACUUCCGCCAGUUCAUCACUGCCAUCAAGCUGCAGGACCAGGCUCAGCGCAGCCGCUGUGUGCGGGACCUGGUGCGCUCGCUGCCCGCCCCCAACCAUGACACUCUGCGGCUGCUCAUCCAGCAUCUUUGCCGGGUGAUCGAGCACGGAGAACAGAACCGCAUGUCCGUGCAGAGUGUGGCCAUAGUGUUCGGGCCCACGCUGCUCCGGCCUGAGACGGAGGAAACCAGCAUGCCAAUGACCAUGGUGUUCCAGAACCAGGUGGUGGAACUCAUCCUGCAGCAGUGCGCAGACAUCUUCCCGCCGCACUGACCUCGGGCCUCUACCCCCACCCCCGCUGCUGGUGCUGCUGCCCUGGGAGUGGGGACGGCGACAGUGGUCCUGCAAAGAGGCUGAGCGGCUGGACUCUUAUCUCUGAGACCUCGGUUCUGAGGGUAUGGUGACCCCUGGUGGGCAGUUCGCAAAAUGUGAUUUUUUUUUUUUUUUUCCCCCCUCCCCUGAUUUGGCCUGCUUUAGGGUUAAUUGGGUUCAGUUCUUUAUCACAGCGCCACCUGCUGGGCAUUUGCAAGAAUGCGGGGUGGGGGAGAGUCUUUUCUGGGACAGCCGAGAUGCAAGGAGGAAUUCGACCAAAGGGUUUCCUGGCUUCACUGAGGCCUUGACGGAGACCAUGUGGGUUCCCUGCCCUGUGCGUGGCACCGUGCCCAUCAUGAAGCAGCAAUCGACAACUUCCCUGCUGUGGAAAGAGAACUGACUGGGGCCACCAGCAGGCAGCUGAACGUGCCUUUCCCCAGGCCUCCCUGCUGAUGCUGCCUGGCCCAGUCACUGGCUGGCUGUGGACCAUUUUCAUCUCAUUUCCUGUUUGGAGUUCUGGGCCUUGCCCUCCUUGGUUCACGUGUGCUGUGUGCAAGGGGUCUUCCUGGUUGCUCAGUGUGUACCCUGCACCUGCCAUGCACCAUUUCUACUCACGAUCCCAUUUUACAGGUGAGGAAGCUGAGGCUUACAGAGGCAAAAUGACUUGUUCAGAGUCCGGUGGCUGAUCGGACUCCCCAGCUCAGGCUCCUCUCACACCAGAGCACAGCCUCCUGUGAGCAUGAAAUCAGUUCUUUCAGCUACCCCGCAACCCCAGCAUGGCUUUAUGGGUGAAGCGAUGAAACUAAGCUGAAGGGAUCUGCCCCAACUGUUCUGAGGGGAGGGGAAAUGCAGCCGCAGGAGCUCCAAGGCCCUCUCGGCGGCACCCUGGCUCUUAGGUAUGCCUACCUGGUGCCCACCUUGCCGUGAAGAGCUGGGAAAGAGGCCUGCAAGGUAGGAGGAAGGAGAUCAUGACCUCAGAAAAGAAAGUGUGGCCCUGGGGUCAUCCGUCCCCUUUCCUUCUUGUGCACAAACCACUUCAGUUUAUGGUUCUCGGGCCCCGCCCCACCUACCCGCUCGUAUAUUCCACAGACCACAAUAGCUAAUAUUUAUUGACAUUUGCACCAUAGCAAGCAUUUUACUUGGAUUGUCUCAUUUGUUUCUCACAGCCAGUAUUUAUUAGCUGCCCUUCUGGGUCAGGCACUAUGCUCUGGGCAGGGGUACCGCACACAGCCUCCCUGACCCGAGCCCACCCCUGAUGCCAGCGGGGCAGGAGGAGAAUGCAAACAGAGGCUUCACACCAUGUGUCAACACCUUGUAAAGUUAUAAAUCAAGCUAACAACUGUUCAAUAAAAUAUGUUCCAUUCUCCUAC